AUGGAGGAAGAGCAAACAGAGCUUUUAGAGACUCAAAUCUCAGGGGAAGAACAAGAGGCAGAGACAGAAGAACUUGCACAGAAUUCCCUUGCUGAAGAUGGUGGUGAAAGGAUAAUGGAAAAUGGUGAACAAUCUGAUAUGCAACAGAUACAAGAAACUGAAAGAAAUGGUACACAAUCUGAUACUCAGCCUGAGCUUUCAGCAUCUGGAAGAGAAUUGGGAGAUGAGGCCUCUACAUCAGAAGAACAGGCAAUAGAACACCUUAUGUUAACCAGAUCUAAAGCAGGGAUUUUUAGACCCAAAAUCUUUGCUGAUAUUGCUACAAUGAAAACCAGCGGUGGCGCCGGUCUUCACUUUCCUCAUGCCGGUGACGGCCACCGAACCCCCAGUCUUCACUUUCCUCAUGCCAGUGAUGGCCACCGCCUUUGUUUUAUCCAACUUGUCGCCGACCUUGCCGGAAAAUUUGGAAGAACCACCAGUUUUGGUGUUGCUGGUGUAAUUGUACAUAGGCUCUGGAUCCCAUUGAUCAGCCCAUGA